GUGAGUUUCGAAGAUGUGCAUGUGAACUUCACUGCUGAAGAGUGGAAUUUGCUGGAUCUUUCCCAGAAGAAUCUCUACAAAGAUGUGAUGCUUGAGACCUACUGGAACCUCACUGCUAUUGGAUAUAAUUUGGAAGGCCAUCAUACUGAAGAACAAUGUCAAACGUCUAGAAGUCAUGAAAGGCAUGAAAGAAGUCAUACUGGACAGAAACCACAUGAAUGUAAUCAAUGUGGUAAAGCCUUUUCAUGUCACAGUCAUCUCCAAUCUCAUAAAAGAACACAUACUGGAGAGAAUCCUUAUAAAUGUAAUCAAUGUGGUAAAACCUUUUCACACCACAGUGGUCUCAAAUAUCAUAAAAAAACACAUACUGGAGAGAAACCUUAUGAAUGUAAUCAAUGUAGUAAAGCCUUUUCAAGACACAGCAAUCUCCAAAUACAUAAAAGAACACAUACUGGAGAGAAACCUUAUGAAUGUAAUCAAUGUGGUAAGGGCUUUACACAACAAAGUAAUCUCCAAAUCCAUAAAAGAACACAUACUGGAGAAAAACCUUAUGAAUGUAAUCAAUGUGGUAAAGCCUUUUCAUUUCACAGUAAUCUCCAAAGACAUAAAAUAACACAUACUGGAGAGAAACCUUAUGAAUGUAAUCAAUGUGGUAAAGGCUUUACACAACAAAGUAAUCUCCAAAUCCAUAAAAGAACACAUACUGGAGAAAAACCUUAUGAAUGUAAUCAAUGUGGUAAAGCCUUUUCAUGUCACAAUAAUCUCCAAUCUCAUAAAAGAACACAUACUGGAGAGAAACCUUAUGAAUGUAAUCAAUGUGGUAAAGCGUUUUCAUGUAACAGUAGUCUCCAAUAUCAUAAAAGAACACAUACUGGAGAGAAACCUUAUGAAUGUAAUCAAUGUGGUAAAGCCUUUUCAUGGCACACUCAUCUCCAAUAUCAUAAAAAAACACAUUCUGGAGAGAAGCCUCAUGAAUGUAAUCAAUGUGGUAAAGCCUUUUCAUGUCACAGUCAUCUCCAAUGUCAUAAAAGA